UGCCCAGGGGCGCAAAAAAAGCCGUUUGGAAUUCGCUCAAUAUAUUAAAAACUCAAUUUCCCAGCAUCCUUUACUGCAACGCGCCGACACAGUGUCGUAAAUCAUCCGCCCUGCUUUACGGCAGAUAUUAGGCUAGUGUGGAGUGAAUUGAGUAAUGGCAGGAACAGACACGAGAUAGUCCACGAACUUUACGUUAUUUUUACAUUUAUCAGGUACCAGCAGCCGGACGCACGUCUGUGUUCGUCGUCGUUCGCUGUGAGAGGCUGGUUCCGACCCCGUUUUUCUGUCAUCAUAGUAACUGUAUGCAGUGGAAUGGCUGAAGUGCCGCCUGGGCCUAACACACUGCCUUCAUCCCCGAGCGAGAUCACACCACUGCCCGUGGACGGGUGCACCUUACUGGGCACCGAUGAGGGACGGGACAUCAUCAGCCCCGGCCCGGGACACCAGCACGCCGGCAACCAUAAGUCGAUAGUCAAAUCCAACCAGAACAACUUGCAUCCUAAUGCAUCAGCCGCCCAGUUCCACACAGCCCAGCUGAACGGGGUCCAGUGCAACCACACUCACGUCCAACAACACCGGCCGUCCGACAAUCAAAACGCCGCUUCCGAUCACCACUUGGACGGCAUCUGCGAGACGCAGAGCGAUCACACGGAAAACAACAAUUUCACGAGAAAUAAACGAUGCAGUGAUAUAUCGCAGAGCCAGUCGCCGCCGAACAACGGGAUCAACUGCACUGAUAGCAUGGCGAUAACGGAGAGCAGCUCGUGUCGACUGGAGAACGAUGUAAGUAGCAGGACUGGUUCGGGGGAUCGGGCUCGAGUGGCUGCGGCUGCGGCAGCGCUGAUGGACGGGGCUGAGUCAGGCCCGGGCCCGCAGCGCGCUGGAGUAGAUCUGGCGGCGGCUGACAGCGCUCCGGUGGCGGGGAUGUCGAGACUAGCGCUGGAGGAGCACGACGACUCCAUCCGAUACGUGAGAUACGAGUCUGAGCUCCAGAUGCCCGAUAUCAUCCGACUCAUAACUAAAGACUUAUCUGAGCCCUACUCCAUAUACACCUAUAGGUACUUUAUUCACAACUGGCCUCAGCUCUGCUUUCUGGCGAUGGUUGAGAAGGACUGUGUCGGUGCCAUUGUGUGUAAGCUAGACAUGCAUAAGAAGAUGUUCCGUCGCGGAUACAUCGCCAUGCUCGCUGUGGACUCCAAAUUUCGCAGGAAAGGCAUUGGCACCAACCUUGUGAAAAAGGCCAUUUAUGCUAUGGUGGAGGGAGAUUGUGAUGAGGUAAGAGAAUCAUCUUGUCAAGAUUUGACACUAUGGGUGUGUUUGGAAUGGAACUACUACAUACUUCAUACUACACGGUAG